GUCAAUUUCUUCAAAGAUGUUGGACAAGUUGUUCGUGUUCGACUUCGAUUAAACCGUAAAGGCAAGCGUAUGGGCCAUGGUUUUGUUGAGUUUGCUUCUGAUGACGAAGCAAAAAAGGCACUGGAAAAGAAGAAUGGUGAAUAUUUGCACAAGCGCGAGAUUUUUCUUGAUGUGGCUAAUAAGGGAGAUCGAUGCCUUCCACCCAAGUAA